CAGUUGUGAGGGAAGCGAUGGCUGCCGGGCGCCGGACCCAGCUCUCCCCCCAGCGCUGAGCGAGGGUGGCCGCCCUCGCCUGGGACUCCCCACGAAGUCACGGUCCAGGAUGGCGGAGCUGAUGGCGGCCGGGGAUGGGCCGCCCCGGGGCCGUACGCCCAGCCCGGUACUGGGGGGCAUCCCGGUUCCUCCCGGGCCGCCGAGCCCCCGCCUGGCCGGGCCUGCCUGUUCCGGAGGGGGGUUGUCCCCGCGUAGCUCCGAGCCGCCCGUCGCGGACAGGUCUGGCUCCGGCUCCAAGUGGGUCCGGCUCAAUGUGGGCGGCACAUACUUCGUGAGCACCCGGCAGACCCUGUGUCGGGAGCCCAAGUCCUUCCUGUGCCGCCUCUGCUGCCAGGACGGGCCCGAGCUGGGCUCGGACAAGGAUGAGACAGGGGCAUAUCUCAUCGACAGGGAUCCCACUUAUUUUGGGCCGAUCCUGAACUACCUCCGACAUGGAAAACUCAUAAUAAACAAGGAGCUGGCAGAAGAAGGGGUACUGGAAGAAGCCGAGUUUUACAAUAUUGCAUCCCUGGUGCGUCUGGUGAAGGAGCGGAUACGGGACAAUGAGAACAGAACCUCUCAAGGACCUGUGAAACAUGUGUACAGAGUCCUGCAGUGCCAAGAGGAAGAGCUCACACAGAUGGUGUCCACUAUGUCUGAUGGAUGGAAAUUUGAACAGCUAAUCAGCAUUGGAUCUUCCUAUAACUAUGGAAAUGAGGACCAGGCAGAAUUCCUCUGUGUCGUCUCAAGGGAGCUCAACAACUCUACCAAUGGCAUUGUCAUCGAACCUAGUGAGAAGGCAAAGAUUCUUCAGGAGCGAGGAUCCCGGAUGUGAUCCACGUGUCUGGUUCUGUUAUACUCCGAGAUGUCAAAAGGGCAAUCUAGCUGGGCAGAGCGUUUCUUCGCAGUUCAGCCUUGCUCUUGUACAGUAACCGAGCUAACGCAAAGCAAAGCUGAGCCUGUCCUGCCAACAGAGAAUAAUUCUGGUCAAAACCAAAGGCUUCCCCCUAAUCCCAGGAAACAAAGGAAAGAAGAGACUCUUCCAGUCGGAUAGUCCCUUUUUCAAAUGUUUGUUUUUGUUUUCUUGGCCGGCGCUGUAUUGAAUUUUUCCAACAAUGGCUGGGCCGGAUUCCCAGUCAGAGCCUUUGGGAGGGUUGCUCAGGUCCAUGAGCCCGUGUAGUCAGCCCAACCUCCAGUGGGAUGGAGUAGGUGAAAGAGGAUUUGUAUUAGAGCUGUGCCAUUUUGUGUGCCCAAGUUUAUCAAGUAGAAAACUUGGAGAUACCCUGCAGCGUUCCUCCCCACCAGUUGGCCCCACACAAAUCAGAUGAAAAGGGUUUAGAAAUGAGUGACAAAAACAAGAACUGUCUUUUUUAUACUGAAACUUUUUUCAUUCUUGCUUUGUAUUUGUUUGUCAGGUUCCUGAGAACCGAGUUCGAUACAAAAUAAUCCUAGUGGGGAGAGCAGUUGUGUUUCUGUCUAAUGUGGGCUUUGGGGGAGGGGUCUACUGCUGGCACUAUUAUAUAUGGGCUCUUGGCAUAUCCCAAAGCCCAUUGCUCUUCAUGCAUUUUUAAAAAUCGACAUUGGCCCAUGCUAGUGACAGAGUAAAUGGUUCUGUCCUUUAUUCUCUCCAGGUUGGAUGAGAGUGGUGACAGGGAUCCUGUCCCACUUCCCCUCCAGUCCCUUGCCACAGCUCUAUCUUAGCCUGGCAUGAUGUUAUUUGAUUUACCCAGGUUAGGGACUUGUUGCUGCCACGUUCAGCUUUGCCUUGUUUGUCUCCAGCAGCAUGGACUCCCUUGAUCUCCUGCUGUCUUCUCCCAGCAGGAGGAGUUAGGGGAGGCUUUAUUUUGUACUGUAGCAAGCAGGUAGGUUUGUUUUAAAUCCAUCAGAUAGUUUGGGGAGGAGAGCCCCUAUUUACAUAUGGCAAUUCCACAUCUGCAGCCUGCUCAUUACCCCACCUUUAGUAGGUCAGCCCGAAGUACCAAGGGGCAUUGCAGAGACUUUGGGGGGCUUGGUGAAAGUUGCCAAAAUGUUGUAAUGUUUCUUGUCCAAAGUGACGUGUCGACUUUUGUGACUUUUUUUGGAAUGCCUUGAAUGGACGUGCAAAUGUUCGUUUGUGCCUCUCUUUAAUUCUAAUUUUAGCCAAACUGGACUCACUGGUCCCUUCAAUGAAUUGGUGCCACCCCUAAGCAGUGACAUGUCCCUACUAUCUGGUAAAUGGAAUUUCGUAGGAAUUUGCUGCAUGUUUUUCCCUUCGUCCUGGCUUUGUCCUUUGUAGCCCAGUGCUGUGGCACGUGGGCUUUUGAGUCGAGUCCCAAACUGCCAUUGAACCAAAGUUCCAGGUACACUGGAAUUCACUGGCAUUGGCAAGGCCAUAGUGGACGGUCCUGGAGUAGGCCAUGAGCACAGAAUUCCUUGUUUGGAUUGAUGAAUGUGGGAUUUCCCCCUGAAGGAAUUGGGCUCACUGUGGUCUUGUCAGUGUUUUGUGCAUAGGGAAGUUCCCUAUCCUGUCUCCUUGUUGGCUUGGGGCAGAGGGCAGCGACCAGUGGUUUGAGGGUAUGGAUGACCUUUUCAAUGAACAAGGUGCAGUAAAGAAAUUCAGAGGGAUACCCCCCACACACACUCUCCAGUCCAGCUUUUCCCCACACUGCUGUCAGCAUACCUCCUCCAGUGGGGUCUUCACCUCUUUCUCAGGAAGGAGGGUUGAUUAUCUUGUAGUAGCUAGUCUUGAUAACAGACUGUGCCAAAUGUCUGAACUCCCAUUGUGUCAGUUUUGGGCUGCUGAAAUUCAGUUGGUGUGGCACCAUACUCAAUAAUCCAGCUUUCGUACUCCCUCAAUCUUCCCUGUCUGUCAUGUGAUGAAAUGGUGUGGGUGUGAUUGGACUGGAUGCCUUGGCUGGGCCCAAAUAACACUGUGAUGUGUACAUAUAGCUCUUAUCUAUGGGUAUCUUGUAUCCCCAGCCAUUGUCAGUUUGUAGUCACAACUGAGAAAUAAAA